AAGAUUCUAUUCAACAAAGUCACGAAAUACGAAAAUACGUUUCGAAUUUACGAUUAAUUAUUAAAGGUUUCUCCGAUCAACCUGUUUCUGAUGAUGAUUUUAAAGAAUUAGAAUCUUUAUUGGAUGUUACUAAACGUAAUUUGAAAUCUGCUAAAUCGUUGAAGGAUCAAGCAAAUAACAUUAAAGAUGAAUUAGUAAAUAUCAGAAAUAAUCUUUAUGAAUAUAAAAAUGUUGUUCAAAAUGAUCCAAAUAAAAUUAAAUCAAAGACAAAAGACGAGUUAGACGCUGUUGAAGGUGAAAUCAAAUCUUCUACCAAAGCUAUUGCUGCUGGUUCCGCUGCUGCAGGAAUCGGGACUGCGUUGACUGUAGCUUCUAUAGUUCUUGCUCCGUUUACUGCUGGUGCUAGUAUUGCUAUAGAAGCUGCUAUAGCUGGUAUUGUUGGAGGUUCAGUUGCCAUAGGUAGCGGUGUUGGUGUUGCCAUAAAAGAAGGAAUAAAUCGACCGACUAAAAAGACCAAAAGUCAUG